AUGAUGAUGAGUAGUAAUACUACAAGCAAUAUUGCUGACGAGGAAACAAUGACUGAAUCAGAUAAUCGUAAGAGUUUCCUGAUUUCCAGUUUAUUAUCUGCAGCAUCGUCGUCUGAAUCAAUGGUGGAAACUGAAGAAGACGAUGAAGAAGAAGGUAUGCUGCAUGAUGACGAUGAUGAUGAAAUAGUCAAAGAAUUAGAACAUAACGAUGAAGAUGAAGCAGAAGAGAAUAACAACAAUAAUCCUAAUCCAAAACAACCAAUUCAAUUGACACAAAUCCCACACCGAGCAUUUCCAAAGACGUCACCAUCAUCGACGCUUUUUCCACGCUUAAUGUCUUCAAACGAUUUUUCCUAUCUCUAUUAUCUUAGUUACCAUUAUUUUGCUAUGCAAAUGUCAAAAAAUGGUCAAAUAUCAUCGACACCAUUACCAUUAUCUCAUCCAACAUUACUAAAUUCAAAUAUAAAUUCAUUAAAGAAACCUCUGAAAUCAUCCUAUCCGUUAACACCAACAUCUUCAUCAUGUUCAUCAUCACCACCAUCGCCGAACUUAACCAACGCAACAACAUCUACCUCGCUCAAUUCAUCUAGCACUAAUUCUCGCUAUCAAUGUGAUGGAUGUUCCAAAUCUUACUCAACAUUUGGUGGCCUUUCAAAACACAAACAAUUUCAUUGCGUUGCCCAAAUUAAAAAACAAUUUCAAUGUAAAUUCUGUGAAAAAACGUAUAACUCAUUAGGUGCGCUUAAAAUGCAUAUACGUACACAUACAUUACCAUGUAAAUGCAAGAUUUGUGGCAAAGCAUUUUCACGUCCAUGGCUUCUGCAAGGACACGUACGUACACACACAGGAGAAAAACCAUUUCAAUGUGAAAUCUGUUGUCGAGCAUUUGCUGAUCGAUCGAAUCUCCGCGCGCAUAUGCAAACACAUUCGGAUAUUAAAAAAUACCGGUGUAACAAUUGUUCAAAAACAUUUUCACGUAUGUCAUUACUUAACAAACAUACGGAAAACUGCUUACAGCAACAGCAGCAGCAGCAACAACAACACGCAACGACGCAUUCUUCGACUGAUGAUUGUACCAGUACAUCAAUGCUUGUGCCUGCUGCAUUUUCGAUUUAA